AUGUUAUCAAUUUUGUUAAAGACAAUCGUGAUUGCUUUGGCUAGUACCGCUAAUGCUCAAACUUAUAGAUUUCAAUGUAAUAAUCAAGUUGCCAAUCCCUCAGGCUGCAUGAACUAUGGCUAUUGCACCGGGGGUGGUUUUUACGCCAGCUGUAGCGGUCCAGCUUCUGAUUGUCGAAAUGGAUUUUCUUUUUGUUCUCAAAACUGUAAAUGUAUCAGGAAUUAA